ACAGAAUCAGGCCAACGCGCCAGAUAAAAACGAAGUACCCACUUGAUUUAUAGUCUAUAUCUUGCGAUGUCAACCACUAAACUACCCGUACUGUUCUUCGUGACGUUUUUUACGUUAUCGUCUGCACAAAAUGCUGCUGAUCUACCCGCAAUCGAACAAGGCCUCCAUGAGUACUUCCGCACAGGCCAACCCUCUGCCGAGUUUCUCGCCCUCUUGGAACGCAAUCAAUUACCCCACGUCUUGCGCGACGAGUCGGAACACGUCUACGACAAGCCAUCGACUUGUCAGUUGUGUAAUAUGGUGAUCGACGCAGUCAUCCUGGAAAGACGACUGAAUAUCUCUAGGGAAACCCUCGUAAAAGAAGCCUUGUUGUUGUGCACUCACCUCAACAUAGAGCCCGAACGGGUUUGUCAAGGAGUAAUCGACCUAAACCUGGACGUCUUCCUCUACGUUAUAGACAACUACGCUAACUUCACGUCGGAACGAGUGUGUGGGUCGGUGCUUCAGUCGUACGGUUGCUCUGCAGGGGACGCUUACGAGUGGUCCGUUACGAUACCAUCCGGGAACUCGCAAGACAGACCCAAACCCAACGAUACCGAAGUACCGUCGUUCACGAUCUUGCAAUUGAGUGACGUUCAUUACGAUCCUGAUUACACCCCGAAUGGUAACGCGGUUUGUGGCGAACCCCUGUGUUGUCAGAGUGACCAAGGGGAGCCGGCUAGUCCCGAAGAGACUUGUGGGUACUGGACGGACUACCGGGCUGCGGAUAGUCCGUGGCAUUUGGUCGAAGAAACCGUGAGACAAGCGAAGAGGCAGGAUUUCGACUAUGUUUACUACACUGGAGAUAUUACUAGUCACCGGAUUUGGGAAACCAGUAUCGAGAUGAACACGUACGCCAUCACCAAACUCUAUUCUUUCUUCAAGGAUCAGUUCGACGUCCCCGUAUUUCCGAUUUUUGGAAAUCACGAACCGCACCCUCUGAAUUUGUGGCCGAGUGACACCGUGGAUGACGCUUUUGGCAUGAAGUGGCUCUUCGAGCUUGCCGCCCAACACUGGUCGGACUUAAUCGGUGAAGACGUAUCCGAAACGGUACUCAAAGGAGGGUACUACUCAGUAAGUCCACGACCCGGUUUCAGAAUCAUCGGAAUCAACAGCAACAUAUGUUACACUAAUAACUGGUGGUUGACUUACGAAGACGUGGACCCUUACAAUCAACUACAGUGGUUAGCAGACACUCUAAAAGAGGCGGAAGACAACAACGAAAGCGUCCAUAUUUUGUCGCACGUUCCCUCCGGCUUAGGGUCUUGUUUGAAAGUGUGGAACCGGGAAUAUUCGAGAAUCGUGGAAAGGUUCGCCUAUACCAUAACGGGUCAGUUCAAUGGGCACACCCACAAAGACGAGUUCCGUGUGUAUUAUAACGGGUCGGACCCCAAUCAGGCGAUCGGGGUAGCCUACAAUGGGGCGUCGGUCACACCUAUAAGCAACUCCAACCCUAGUUUCAAGUACUACUCUGUCGACGAAAGCACUUUCAACUUGUUGGACUACGAAGAGUGGUACUUCAAUCUCACCCUUGCUAACUCUUUGGGUGAAGGCGCCCCUGUCGAGUGGAAGCAACUGUACAGUUUUGUGGAAAGCUACGGAGCCGCUAAUCUACUCCCGUCGGAAGUGGACAAGGUUCUGUACAAAAUGACCGAAGAUCACUCUCUCCUCGACAACUACUUCUUAUACAAAUUUCGCAACGGAGACACUGGUACUAAAGGCGGAUGCGACGACAAUUGCAAAAGGAAUCUUUUAUGCAACAUCGUGACCACCGAAUUCGGGGACAAUGAUCAAUGCAAUCGCUUCUUAGCCCUAUACGACGCCUAACAUCCUAAAAAAUAAUAAAACUUUUUCCUCGAAAA